GCACCCACCUCGUCCUCGUCCUUGUCCGGCAGCGGCGGCGGCGGCGAGCGAGAGCGCAGACGUGGUGAGGGUCCUCGCCGGGGAGCGGACGCGACGGACGCGCAGCAGCGGGUGGCACGUCUCGGCCGUCUGUUGUCCAGAAGGGUGGCGACCGGGAGAGCCCCAGGGACCGAGAUCGGGGAUCGUCAGCCGGGAUCGGGGAACUCUUUCACUGCCCAAUUCCUGUGGGGGGGGGGGGGCACCGUAGUGGCCGCGGCGGGGAGCAGGAGGAGGCGGUGAAGAUGCGCCUCCGACCCUGCUGAUGCCCGCCGCGCGCGCAUCACCGCCCCGCAGCAGCAGCAGCCGGAGGAGCCGGAGGAGCCGGAGGAGCCGGAGGAGCCGGGGGUCGGGACAACAGGGGACGAUGGUGAUGGUGAGGUCGGGAUCAUGGCAAACGGAACCGGCACCAUAAUGUUGAAGUGCGUCGUGGUCGGAGACGGCGCAGUGGGGAAGACGUGUCUCCUGAUGAGCUAUGCCAACGACGCCUUCCCCGAGGAGUAUGUGCCCACGGUCUUCGACCACUAUGCAGUGAGUGUCAACGUCGGUGGAAAACAGUACUUGCUGGGACUGUAUGACACAGCUGGUCAGGAGGACUACGACCGCCUGAGGCCGCUGUCCUACCCGAUGACCGAUGUUUUCCUCAUCUGCUUCUCCGUGGUCAACCCUGCCAGUUUCCAGAACGUGCGAGAGGAAUGGGUGCCCGAGUUGCAGGAGUACGCACCCAGUGUCCCUUACCUGCUCAUUGGCACCCAGAUUGAUCUUCGUGAUGACCCCAAGACCAUUGCCAAACUGAAUGACAUGAAGGAGAAGCCCAUAGCCACUGAGCAAGGACAGAAACUGGCGAAGGAGAUUGGUGCAUGUUGCUAUGUGGAAUGUUCAGCAUUGACCCAGAAGGGCCUGAAGACGGUGUUUGAUGAGGCCAUCAUCGCCAUCCUGGCUCCCAAGAGGAAGAAGGGAACUCUGAAGAGACGGCUGGGACCCCGCUGCAUCAACUGCUGUCUGAUCACGUGAUACAUAAACGCAGAGAUCAUUCGCCAGCCAGCCAUAAACCAAACCUGGACUGGAGGCAAAAGACACACUGCAGUAAAAUGCACAGACAGCAGCAGAGUGAGACAAAAGCGAGGACUGAAAAGGACAAAACAAGAGCUGCGUUCAAGCUGCAGUGCUCUUGAAAGGCCAGAACUUUCUCUCCUGCUGUCCAUCACUGGGUUGAGGAUGCAGUUUUACUACCAAAGGAGCACAAAACCCUCUCUUCUUGUGAAAGACUUUUGGCCUCAGAAGUACCUUCUUUUAUAACCAUUUUUAAUCUUCUUUUUUUUUUCCUGUACAAAAUGUUGUAUGCUGUCAUACAAAAAAAAGUACAAAAUGACUAUUCAGUUUAAGGCAUUCAUAUGAUUUCUGGGGUUUUGAAAGUUAGAUUACUGAUUUGUGAAUUUGUCAAGAUAAGAUCAGAGAGAAAACACGCAGCUGAUAAAUAAUGUGUUGCGAAUUUAACGUGACACUAUGACGGUGCCCAGGCUAUAUUUCUGGACAUAUGGGGCCCAGAUAUUUUUCGAUUUAAAUCUUCCUACAAAAAGCCUGUUGGCCCACAAUAUCUUUCCCCAAUUAUCUGUCCUUUGAUGACCUGAAGGUUAAACCACACUAGAUGCUUUUCAUUGUGUAGGGGAUAACGCAAAUCAACAAUUGUGAAGUUUUGUUCAGACAACAGAUUUUGGACCUAGAACUGUAUUAAGGUUUGAGAGUCUUGUGUUUUUUGCCUUAUGAAAACCCCAUAAUUUCAUAGUGUGGCAUGCCAAAACAUACUGCAACAUAAGACUGGGGCUGUGGUCUUCAUCAGACUGAAGAAGUUUAUUAUCCGUUUGAAAAAAAUAUAUAUAUAUUAUCAAGAGUUUAUGAUACUGUAUCUCUCAAAUAGAGACCAUCAAGUCUGUGCAAAUAUCGUUUUCACACCUGAUAGCUCAACUGUUUUGAUUAAUCUUUUGUUAUUUUGUGUUAUCCUUCCAUAACCUUUACGAGAUCUGAUUUUAGAAAUGAAACCGAAUGAAUAUCCUACGUAACAUCCAAAGAAUCAAACGCACACACUUUGAUCAAAAAUCAGGUGGCUAAGAUGACCCAAAACUGUAUAUCUAAUGCACAACAUGAAGCACAGUUACGCCACUUAAUCUCCCAGCACAACAAAGCACAUUCCUCUGCUUUUGCACACUGACCCAUCUCUGAAAAAUGGCUGAUUGAAGCAGAGACGAUGCACAAUGUUCUGUCAGGCACAAGCAUAACAUAGCACACCGUCUUACCAUCUCGCCUCCAAAGUCCUGCGACAAGGCCUUGGGUGAAAACAUGCAAAAUGUCAGCUUUUCAAAAAAUAUGGAAAACACAAAUCGAUCUAAAUAGUUUUGAAAAUGAACACAGAAUUUCAGUCGGUUGCACCAGCCACUUGUAAAUUGAAAUUCACCUUGGUUAUAAUCUUAGUCUGUUGUGGAUCUUGACACAUACGUAAACUAAAACGAUUUUUAAGCAAACUGCACAAAAACAACACAAUAUAACACAAAAUAUUAUGCCAAUAAUGAUAGCUGGACAAAAUGAUAAAAACUCAGUCUAAACUGUAUGAACGCUACUUUAUCUGACACGUUUGUUUCCUUCCUACAUUAACAAAGGAUUGGCACUUAAUUUUAAUAAACCCAAUCGGCCCCCUAAAACGAGUUUUGUGCCUGACACUUGAUUUUCUAUAAAUUCAGCCUUGCAAGUGUGAAACUACUCACUGUAGUUGUGAAUAACGUUGAAACACUUUCUAAAUAAGAGAUAGAUUUACAUACAGCUGGUGCAGCCCAGUCAAUCUGUUUAUAGAGUUUGAAUAAAUUAAUUUGAGGUUAUAUGGUCAACAUAUGUAUGCAAAUAACAUUGGUUUGACCAGCACCCAUUUACCAAACCUGUCUUUUCAGCAACACUGUAGAGACAGGUUUCCCCAUUAGAAUUUAGAAUUCAUUGAUCUGUAUAAUAACGUCAUAUCCAACAACUUUUUGAAUCGAAAUGGAGACGAUGAUGCGUGAAAUUUACCAAGAUUUAGAGAAUUUAUGCAACAGAGGUUUCAGACCCACAUGUCUGUCAUGAAGUUGGUGAAAACUUGAGGUAAGGAUGGAAGUUUUCUUGGAAGCCACACUGCAGCCAAACUAUCCGCUCUUCUGGUUUCUGUGGAUUUGAUAUUGGCCUUUUUUUUCUAGACGUAUAUAAAAUAUAUUAAUCAAAGGUGCCAACUCUUGCUGAAUGACUUCUAUUCAUUUCCUGUUCAAAGUCAGACAUGAUGAUUGAUUAAAAGCUUUAAUGUAAAUGGUGCUCCUCUUCUCUGUUCCAGCCUGCAUUGUGUAACUGUCUUUUUGAGCAGAACAGUGGAUUGCAGGGCGAACAGCCUUCUCUCUUGGACAGUUUUGCUUGCUUACGUUGUGUGAAGGUCCACCCUCAGGAUCCAGGACCCAAGUGCCGCAGCCACCAAUGCAUUCUCCCGUUGAUGCUCUUCUCAAUAAAUGUGUUUAAUGUGUUAAUAA